AUUGAAAGAUGAUGAUAGUGGAGACCAUGACCAGAACGAGGAAAAUAACACACAGAAAGACGGUGAGAAGGAAAAGAACGACAGAGAGAAGCCACAGACUACUACCAAGAGGAAGGCUGUUGUCCCAGGGCCAGCCGAGCACCCCUUGCAGUAUAAUUACACCUUCUGGUACUCCAGACGAACACCCGGGAGGCCUACCAGCUCGCAGAGUUACGAGCAGAACAUCAAACAGAUCGGCACCUUUGCCUCCGUGGAACAGUUCUGGCGGUUUUACAGUCACAUGGUACGUCCUGGGGACCUGACAGGCCAUAGUGACUUCCACCUGUUCAAAGAGGGAAUCAAACCCAUGUGGGAGGACGAUGCCAACAAAAAUGGUGGUAAAUGGAUUAUCCGCCUGCGGAAGGGCUUAGCGUCACGGUGCUGGGAGAAUCUCAUCCUGGCGAUGUUGGGAGAACAGUUUAUGGUGGGGGAAGAGAUCUGUGGGGCAGUCGUCUCUGUCCGAUUCCAGGAGGAUAUCAUCUCCAUAUGGAACAAGACGGCCAGCGACCAGGCCACGACGGCCCGGAUACGCGACACGUUACGAAGAGUGCUCAACCUACCUCCCAACACCAUCAUGGAGUACAAAACACACACCGAUAGCAUCAAGGAUAAUUCAAGCUUUCGAAACACAAAAAUCACAUUGUGAGAACAAGAGUUGGCACUAAGCUCCUCUCUCCGUGUUGAAAGCACUGAGAGGUCUCCACCAGUGCCCUCCGACCUCUGAAGGGACUCAUGGGCCACUCUCUCACACUCCUCCUUGGAGGAAGGAUCCAUCUGAAGCCCUCCAGCAGCGGUGACAAUAGGGGCCGAUUUUGUCAUACACAAACUUUUUUUUUUAACAGUGGGGCGGGAGGCCAACCUUUCAAUUAGCAGCGUGCCCUUGGGGCCGCAUCUUGCAGCACUUUCCUCUCUUUCUCUACAUGGCAUGCAGGAUCUCUGGGAUUCUGCCUCGGUGUCAGAGCCUUUUGCUGAGGGAUACCAGUAUUAUAAAUCUCUCUGCAGCUGGGAGGGACUUCCCAGUUGAGAGUCAGCCCUGUGGUUUUCAAAUGCCCCCUUUCAGCUCUGCCAAUAAAUUAUUGGGUCUCUUUGUUUCU